UCAAUAUCAGUGGUUAGUAUGACUGAUGUCGGCGUUGUGCUGUGUUCUUUUCAUAAAAAUAUCUAAAACAGUUGGAUUUUUUUACCACUAUGUAUGUGGGUCUGAACUUAUUAUCUGUGAUAAGACGAAUUAUUACUUAUAUAUUCAUUGUAGCUGAAUACAUUAAAAACGUAAUAACGUUAAGAGAUUUCAAGUUCAUUCUUGGAUGAAAAUAGAUUGGGAAGUGCUUGUGUAGUAAGUUUAUAUAGUCUAAUUGGUCAGUGCGCAAUACAUUACACUAAAUAUAAAAAAUUGAUAUGAAAACUGAUGCGACGUCUAAUUUAAAAAAAUAUUUUAAACAAGCAUUUAAAAUAUUAUAAUUUUAUAAUAAUUACAUAGACACUUGAAUGACUGGUACUACUUUUUCAUUUGUUUGUAAUUAAUCAAAUGUAAAAUAAAUAAAUAUCUUACACCGGGACCAAAAAGAGAAUUACAAUACUUUCAUUAAUUAAAAAAAAAUAAUUUUUCGACAUAAACAGUUAAUAAAGUUCAGUGGCCCCGUAAACCACUAAUUAAAAUACAUACGCGCGCAUGCACGCACACGCUCGCGCACGCACACACAUACACACACAUAUAGACACACACCUACAUACACACAUAUAUUAAUAAUCCGAUUAAAAAAUUAACAUUAAUUGGUAACAAGAACCUAGUACGUAUCCUGACCAUGAAUCAGCAAACAUAUUUAACUACUUAAACUUUUGAUAUGUAAAAUUUACGUAACUGAGGUGUCGUUAGGAUUUUGAAAAUUUAAAACAAAUGAUGAAAAAUGUUACUUGCUAAUUAUAACAAGACUGACAUCAUUUGAUUGUUGAAAUGACUACACAGCGAUGGCUGUUUACAAUAAAAAAAAUGCUCAUUCAAAUCCAUUAUUACGCGCUGGUAUUAUCAACAAAAUUUUUUUCUGGUGGCUCAAAGACAUCAUUUGGUAUGGAAAAAUGUACGAUCUUGGCGCAGACGAUCUUUAUGAUACCGUCUCUGAAGAUCUCAGUGAACCUCUCAGAUAUGAUUUAGAAAAAGCAUGGAAAAAGGAAUUAAAUGAUGCGUGUGUACACGAAAGAAAGCCAAAUUUGUGGAAAGUUAUUAUUAAAACGUACUGGUGGGAUUUCAUGAAAUCCUCAACUCUUCCUGCAGGGUUCAGCAUUAUCACGAUAGUUCAACCUGAACUCCUACAAGUGAUGAUGUCAUAUUUUCGUUCGAUGUCACCCAUGACUGCUCAAUGGGCGUAUUUUAAUGCAACAUUAUUCGUUGUCUUAACGAUAUUACGUACAGUUUUAUUUAGCCAUAGCUUAUUUCAAUUGUAUCGACUUGGUAUGCAUGUUAGAAUAGCUUGUAGCUCACUGAUUUACAAAAAGAUGAUACGAUUAUCAUCGUCUAGUCGCAAUACUCGCAUUUCAGUAAUUAGUCUACUUUCAGUUGAUGUCGCCAGAUUAGAGAUUCUAUUUGCCUUCACACCAUACAUACCUAUUGUACCAAUACAGUUGUUGAUUGUGACUUAUCUAAUUUGGCGAUAUGUCGGCAUUAAUGCUGCUUUAAUUGGGAUUGUUUUAAUGAUAUUUCUGUCCCUACCAAUUCAAGUUCUGUACAGUAAGGUAACUUUUAAACUUCGUACAAAGCAAACUUCGAGAACGGACAACCGAAUUAUUCUAAUCAGUGAAAUAAUUCAUGGAAUACGAGCAGUAAAGAUGUACGUUUGGGAAAAAUAUUUUGUGGAACUCGUUCGUCUGGCUAGAAGACUUGAAAUUCGGGGCUUUACCAAAAUAUCCUAUUUUACAUCGGUAGUAUGGUCGCUGACUACAUUUUGUCAUCGACUUUGUGUUUUUGCCGUCAUAUUGACAUACGUGUCACAAUAUGACACAAUAACCACUCAUACAGUCCUGCCAGUUACUCAACACUUUUAUAAUCUUCGGCUAAGUAUUAUUAUUUUAUUUUUCUACGGUGUUAGGAAUAUAACUGAUAUGCGUGUUUCCAUGAAGCGAAUAGAGAAUUUUUUGUUGCUGCAAGAAGUCAACUCAAGCAUAGAAAGAAUUGCUGAUGAGAGUAGCGACGUAAUUAUACUAAUAGAUAACGUGACUGCAUCUUGGGAUGAAAAAUGGCAUGUAAUCGAAAAUAUUAAUUUGAAUUUUGCCCCAAAACAUUUAUACGCUGUGGUUGGCUCAAUUGGGUCUGGCAAGAGUUCUUUGUUGAAAUUAAUUUUGGGGGAGCUCCCAUUGAUAUCCGGAACACUGUCAAUGUAUGGUAAAAUUUCAUACGCGAGUCAAGAACCUUGGCUUUUCCCUGGAUCAAUAAGAGAUAACAUAUUAUUUGGAGAGAUAUACGAUGAAAGAAGAUAUGAUGAAGUAGUUAGAGCGUGUGCACUUCUGGAAGAUUUCGAUCAAUUACCAUGUGGUGAUCAAACCUGGGUCGGUGAAAGAGGUAUUAAUCUUAGUGGAGGCCAAUGUGCCAGAAUUAAUUUAGCAAGAGCAGUUUAUAGAAAUGCAGAUAUUUACUUAUUAGAUAAUCCCUUGUCAGCGGUAGAUUCGCGAGUGGCAAAGAAAUUAAUGAAAGAAUGUAUUAAUGGACUACUAAAAAAUAGCACAAGGAUUGUUGUUACACCCAAUUUGCAACAGUUUAGUGACGUUGAUGAAAUUAUACUUCUUGAUCUUGGAAAAGUCGAGUUUAAAGGUAGUAUGGAAGAAUUUCAAAAGAGAUAUCAUCACCUGCAACGUUUUCCAUCGAAUGCGACAACAACUUCGGAGAAAAGUUUGUCGGAGUUGCAACUUCCUGAUACAAAUUUAAUAACAGAGUCUUUCGACAUAAAUGAUAAAAAAGAGGAAUCAAAAGAAACGGCAGAAUUAAUAGCUAAAGGAGCUAUGGAGAUGUCAAUUUAUUCGAGAUAUAUCAAUGCUGGUGGAUUCUAUUACGUCAUUUUAAUUAUACUGUUCAAUUGUUUCUUCGUGGUAUCAGUGGCCAUGUUUGAUUUAGGACUUGCAGCAUGGAAUCAAAAGAGGAAUGUAAUUCAAAGAAAUGAAACUGAAGAUAACAUUAUAUUUCUCGGAAACGGUUCACAAUUGGAAUUAUCAUUUAAGGAAAAUUCUACAUUGAUCCUCGGAGGCUUGAUAUUACUUGUUAUAUCUACUUCAUUUCUAGUAAACUUAUCAUUCUAUAGAUUUGCGUUGAACGCUAGCAGCAAAAUUCAUAACAGUAUGUUUUCGCAAUUAAUGAAAACUACAUUGCGAUUUUUUGAACUAAAUCCUUCUGAUCGAAUUUUGAAUCGUUUUUCGGAGGAUACAAGUAUUACUGACAAUGUUCUACCUUUGGCUCUGUUUGAAACUAUGCAAGCGGUAUUUCAGGCAAUUGCACUUCUUUUGUCGGCAAUAAUAGUGAAUUGGUGGAUAGCCAUUCCUGGUAGCAUUUCCAUAUUUAUUUUUAUUAUGCUUAGUCGAUUAUAUGUGACGACAAUCCAGAAAAUCAAAAGGCUCGUAGGAAAUGCAAAAAGUCCGGUAUUGGCUUUCACUGCAUCAUCACUCGCCGGCUUAACAACAAUACGUGCUUGUAAAGCUGAAGACAUCGUUAGUCGUGACUUUGAUUCUCGUCAAGAUCACCACACUGAAGCACAAUUCUUAUCUUUAGCUUCAGUUUCAGCAAUUUCUCUAUGGAUUGAGUUAAUAAACCUUGGGUUAUUGGCUUCAGUUGUGUAUAUUUGUGUUAUUUUAAAAAAUGAUAAAACUUUUGAAGGAUACGUUGGCCUCUCUUUGAUGCAAAUCUUUAAUAUGACUAUGAUUAUGUCAUUCUUAGUAAAAAGAUUUGCUGAGGCUUUUGCAAAUAUGACUAGUGUAGAGAGGAUGUUACAGUUUACCCAUUUGGAGCAAGAGGAAUUGCGCGAAGAAGAACUUAAUUUAAAAUUGCCAAGUUCAUGGCCAGAUAAAGGUGAAAUAAAAUUUCAACAAUUAUACUUACGAUAUUUACCGGAUGGCAAUCCAGUGCUUUGGGAUCUAAAUUUCACUAUAAAAUCUGGAUCGAAGAUCGGAGUAGUGGGUCGUACAGGAGCUGGUAAAUCAUCACUAAUAUCAGCAUUAUUCCGAUUGGCAAAAAUCGAGGGUUCCCUUUUGAUUGAUGGCAUUGAUAUUAAAAAAAUUGAUCUACCAAAAUUGAGAUCAAAACUUUCAAUAAUCCCACAAGAGUCAGCUAUUUUUAGCGCCACAUUGAGGAAAAAUCUUGAUCCUUUCAAUGAAUUUGACGAUGCUGUUUUAUGGUCUGCGCUAGAAGAUGUUAAUCUUAAACAAAUAUUUGAUUCUUUAGACUACUUCAUAGGUCAUGGUGGAAGUAAUUUGAGUUUAGGACAACGUCAAUUACUUUGCUUGGCUCGUACGCUUAUCAAGAAAAAUAAGAUUCUUAUAUUGGAUGAAGCGACCGCAAACGUUGAUUCAAUGACAGAUGCUUUGAUUCAAAAAAUGAUUCGUACAAAAUUCAAAGAAUGCACCGUUAUAACAAUGGCACAUCGACUUAACACGGUGAUGGACAGUGACAUGAUUUUAGUUCUAGAUAAUGGUCGAGUGGUGGAAUAUGACCAUCCGUACUUACUCUUGCAAAAUAAUUAUGGAUAUCUCUUUAAAAUGAUUGAAGAAACUGGUAAUGCUAUGAUGCAACAUCUUAUAACUAUGGCUGAGCAGGCUUAUCAUCGUCGGUGAAACUUUUUAAAACCACUAGAAAAGUUAUAAAUUUAUUAAAGCACUGCGAUACAUGAUAAAGUUGCUUAUUUAGAAGAAAAUAUUUUAUCUAAUGUUAUAUUUUGUAUUCAUGUAUUAAUGACAUUGUCUAUGUAUGUUCAGAAUGCAGUGUGUUUGAAAAAGUGCAUGCAUGAAGAAGUUUGCAAGAAAAUGGCAAAACACAAGAUUUUUUGCAGAAUAAUUUUGGCUAAUAAUUUAAGACUAAAUAUAUUUUGUAUUUUAAGUCACUCUUUAUAAGCUCCUCACUAUUUGUAGAUUUAUUUUUUGAAAUAAAUACAUUG